AUGUUCAGCCUGUCAGAGCUGGCCUCUCUGAGUGAGCGUCAGGGCAGCUCCAAGCUGCUGAAGCCCUGGUGGGAGGUCUUCAUGGAGUACCUGGUGGUGCUGAUGCUCAUGGUAUCUGUGUUGUCAGGCACCCUGUUGCUAUCUCGCGACAGGGUGGUGUGUCUCCCCCUGGACCUCACUACCACCCCUACUAACCAGAACACCUCCUCCAGCAGUGGUGCCGUACCUCAACCCCAGCCCCCUAACAGGCCCCCCACCAAACCAUCCCCCCUACCAGCCAGCCCUGGGACCCCUGCUAGGGGCAGACGCACCCACCUGGACUACCAGCAGUACGUCUACAUUAGCCAGGUGUGCUACCAUGAGGCCCUGCCCUGGUACUCCCGCUUCUUCCCCUAUGUGGCUCUACUCCAGUCCCUGGUGCUAUUGGCCAGCGGUUGCUUCUGGUUCCACUUCCCCCUCACCUCCGCCCGCAUAGAGCACUUCCUGACCAUCCUGGCCAAGUGCUGUGAGUCUCCCUGGACCUCCCGCGCCCUGUCCCAUGCUGCCCGCCAGGAGGAGGGAGGGGAGGAGACAGGCCCCCAGGAUCUCCAAACGCCUCCUCCUACUCUCCUGUCUUCACCCCCUGUACCCCGCAACCGCCAGUCCAGCCUGGACUCGGGCACAGACAGCCCCCUGCUGGCGAGAUCGGAUAGCGCGUCCACUGCCGCCCCUCCCUCGCCCUGCCCCUCCACUCUCUCCCGGACUUCCUCCCUGUCCUCCAUGUCCCGGGCCCGUGUCCCGGCUUCCAAAUCCCCUGUGGUGCUGGAUGGUUCACGGCAGGUUGCCAGUUUGGACCGGAGUGACGGGGAGCAGGCCAGGGCACUGUUCGAGAGGGUGCGCCGCUUCCGCUCCCACUGUGAGAACUCUGAAGUCAUUUACAAGGUGUACUUGGCCCAGACGGUGUUCAAGCUGCUGCUGGUGGUGCUGAUAGUGGGCUACACCACUCCUCUGAUGAGCUCCAUCUCGUUCACCCACACCUGCCUGCCCCAGGCCCAUGCCCUGACUGGCUACAGUGCAUUUGAGUGUACCCAUGCCCUGGCCUCUGUCCUCCACAAGUUGCUGCUGGCCUACGUCAGCCUGGUGGGGCUCUUUGGCCUGCUGAGCAUCUACACCCUCAGCUGGAUCCUCCACAGCUCCCUGCGUCAAUACUCCUUUAACAAACUGAGGGAGCUGGGCUCCAUGAGGGAUGUCCCUGACUUAUGUAAUGACCUGGCCUUCCUGUUACACAUGGCUGACCAGUACGACCCCCUACUGGCCCAGCGCCUUUCCGUCUUCCUGUCACCCGUCAGCGAGACACGCCUGCUGGAGGAGAGCCUGGAGAGGCGCUGGGGUGCCGAGAGGCUGCGCUCCAUGACCACGGUCGACCCAGAGGGACGGCCCCUACUGCAGUUGGUGGCCCUGCCGCGCCUGCCCCCCGCCCUCUUCACCCUCAGCCAGCUGGUGGUGCUCAAGCUGGAGCUCAUCUCAGACGCCAAGCUCCCCGCACAGGUGGCCAACAUGACCUCACUCAGGGAGCUUCAUUUGUACCACUGUACUGCAGCCAUGCAGCCUGGUGCCCUGGUGGUUCUGCAGGAGCGUCUGGAGGUCCUGCACCUCACCUUCACCCAGGCUGCAGAGAUCCCUGGCUGGGUCUACUCUCUCCGCGGCCUGCAGGAGCUGCACCUUUCUGGCCGGCUGGGCUGCGAGGGCGGAGUGGGCCGUGGCUGGGCCCUGGGAAGCCUCAGGCAGCUCCGUCACCUCCGGGUGCUGGUCCUGAGGGGCAUGCUACAGCGUGUGCCCGGGGAGCUGGGGGAGUUGGCAGGGAGCCUGGUGAGGUUGGAGAUCCACAACGAGGGCUCCAGGCUGCUGGUGCUGACGGGCCUGCGGCGUGUGGCCGGCCUGACCGAGUUGCAGCUGCAGGACUGCCACCUGGAGCGCCUGCCCUCUGCCCUGCUGGCCCUCACCAGCCUGCGCACCCUGGACCUGCAGCACAACAGCCUGCGCACCCUGGAGGAGCUCCUAGGGCUGGCGCACCUCCGCCGCCUCUCCUGCCUCAGGCUGGCCCAUAACCGUGUUCUGGCCCUACCGGCUAGUGUUGGUGUACUGCGUGCUCUGGAGCUCCUGGACCUGGGGUACAACCAGCUCCAGAGCCUUCCCCCGGCCCUCUUCAACCUCCACCACCUACGUCGCCUCCUACUGGCUGGAAACCUGCUGGACGAGCUGCCAGCAGAUGUAGGGGCGCUGACAUUUCUCACCGAGCUGGACCUGAGUGGGAACAGGCUGGAGAGCCUGCCUCCAGAGCUCUUCAGUCGCUGUUUGGAGCUGCGGAGCCUGAAUGUAUCCCACAACUCCUUGGGUUCCCUGCCUCCAGGGCUGAGCAACCUGAGCCAGCUGUCCCGCCUGGACCUGCGCAGCAACAGCCUGGAGGAGCUGCCCAUGGAGCUGGGCUGCUGUUCAGGACUGCAUGGAGAAGGUCUGCUGGUGGAGGACUGGCUGCUCCAUGCACUGCCACGACAUGUGAAGGAGUUCCUAACCCAGUCUGGCUCUCAUACCGGCAAAUCCUUAGAAUCACACUCCCGUCCAGACUCAGAUAGCUUCCCCUACUUCUCGGCUACCCAGUGGAGUUUCUCCUCCGCUCUGGAAUCACGGAUAUAG